AUGGAAGUACUAAAGGAUGAUGAAGGGCAUUAUUCUAAGCAAUACCUGAAUGAUGACCAAGAUUUACAAAUUUUUGAUGAUAUUCCAUAUGAGCAUGAAGCAGAUGAUUACAUUCUUUCUCUUGAAAAGACUAUGGUGAUGAAUUCUUACACCAGGUGUCAGGGUGUGAAGGAUGCUUGGAUUGCAACAUGUAUGAGGGUAAUAGGGGUAGAUGGUUGUUUUUUAAAGGGUACAUGUAGAGGCCAAUUGUUAGCAGCUAUGAGUAGGGAUGCAAACUACCACAUCUUCCUUAUUGCAUGGGUUGUGGUGGUAGUUGAAAAUAAAGAAACAUGGAAGGGAUUUCUUGACCUCUUAUUGGAUGACAUUGAAAUGGGACUUGGUCAUUGUUUGACCCUCAUAUUAACCCAUCACAAGGGAUUAGUAGAGGCUAUCAAAGAAAGGGUUCUAAUAGCAGAGCAUUGA